AUGAUAUAUGAGGGACACGAUCCCGGCGAAGCUACUGGCGGUCACCACUCGCUGCGUUUUAGCUCAAAGGAAAUCUCAUUUUGUGGCUGCCCUCGACCCCGCGCCCCGCCGCCUACCGCCGCCCACGCAGCGACCCAAAGAGGACUUCCAUUAAAAUUACUUGAGAAAGCUCAACGCUGCCACACUCGCCUGCGAAGUGUAUCAUCAGUGUUUACUAUAUUUUACUUUAUACUAGCUUUUAAUAAA